UCUAAAUUCAAUUUUGUGUUGCUGCUCUAGCAUGAUUACAUUUGUAAGUACGUUUUUAUCCUUCCACACAUUCACUUGAGUUGGUUUCAGUACACAUUAAUGUAUGCUAUAUUUGGAUACAAGGCUGCAUUGAGAGUUGCUUUUAAUUACAGUAUGAUUUACUGCAAAACAUUCUCCAUUAAUCACAAACGUGUGUGUUAAUUGUACACCUAUGCAGGGCUCAAACCUUAGCCCUGGCAACAUUGUUUAACACUGAAUUGAUGAACAGCACCAUCUAUUUAAUGGAGAAUUAACAUUUUCUUAAAUAUAUUCAAAUCUUUAGACUUGAAUGAUUUUAUUUUUUUUCCCCUCAGUUUUGUGAAAAUAUUGUCUCCUAUUUUGAUGUGCACAUAAUUUUCCUGUUGAACAUUUGUGUAUUUUUAUUUAUUUUUUGUAUGCAGUCACCUCAAACAAAUAUAUCGGAUUUUUGUUGUGUCUCUACCGGAGCUGCUGUUCCUGCUUUGUCUUUUUGGGUACCUGGUAUUUAUGGUUGUGUAUAAGUGGUUGGUGUGGACGGUGGUAGAUGCCAAAGAUGCCCCGAGUAUCCUCAUACACUUCAUUGACAUGUUCCUGUUUACUAAAAGCAGUGUAAAUAUCUAUCUUUACGAAGGACAGGUAAGCGUUAAUAGCAUUGGCCUUGAUUUUUUUGGUGGGGGCUGGGGGGGUUGUUGCAGCGAGGGUGAAACAUUUAAAAUUAUUUUUCAAAAUAUAAAAAUGUAAAAAUAUAUUAAACUAUCUUCAUAAUAUGAAAUCCUUUGAAAAGUAUAUCCAAAAAUAUUAAAUCAAGGCCAUUAUCAGGUUAAUGCCAAUUGUAAUACUAGCAACUAUGGUAUAAAAACAUAUGAAAUAUCAGCUGAGAUUAAAGGGUCACCAAAACAACUUUUAUUUUAAAGAAGCAGUUUUGGCGUAUAGAUCAUGCCUCUGCAGUCUCACUGCUCAAUUAUCUGCCAUUUAACACAAGAGGCUAUUAACUUUACCUCCUUAAUGACUGUAAAACCAGUCCCAGAAUAUGACCAGCCAACCUAAACAGUCCAUCCUCUUAUCCACAUCUACAUAAAUUUCUAGUGUCUUGUGCACAUGGACAAUGUUACAUAUUGCAUCAACGUGUUAAACCCUUACCAGACUUUCUCAGGUUGUGCACCAUCACUAACUUUAUAGAUGUCCUUUUACUAUAAAGGUACAGUACCAAGGAAAUCACAUGAAAAUUUACUUACCAAAUGGGAAACUGUAGUAUCAUAGUUAUUGAAUGGAAAGUGUGUAAUAUCAUAAAACUAUUUAAAUGCAUGGGUUUUAAAAGUCCUAAAUAAUCCUUAUGCUUAUGCAUGUAUAGCGGUACUUACCUGGGUCGUGAUCCUCUGUGCAGCUCAAUCACUGUGCUUUCUGAGUGGGCCACCCGAUGGUGAGCAAUUAAGAGCGUUUUUUUUUUUUUUUUAAAGAUGCAAUAGGAGCCUGAAGUAGUUUCUGGCUCCCAUUGGUCUGCAUCAUUCAUGCACACACAUUUUGGGGGCGCAGGCAUGACUUUGACAAAUCACAAGUUACUGUUAGGGUAUUUAAACCUCCAUAGCCCUAUACCUGAUCUUGGCUCGUUACUGACUAUGCUUUCUUAUCCAACAUUAAAUUAACACAAACAUGUAUUUCUGACCCUAUAGUGUUAAAACCACCAUUUAGAUGGCUUUCCCCCCUUAAAAAUUAAUAAAAUUUACCUUAUUUUCAAACUGGCCCCGCCCCCAUCUGCCUCCUUGCUGACAUCAUAAUUUAUGAUUUUAAGCAAUCCAAAGCAUUGGAUUGGUUAAAAUCGGAAAGGAGGAAAAAACAGUGGUGGGGCCAAACUCCAGCAUGGCCAAUUCAGCGUCUCCAUGCAGAGCGUUAAGACUCUGAACGGCACUGCCCUAGGAAGCUUCUCUAGUAGCCAUCUAAGGACGAUUUUGAAUAAGUCCAAGUUGUAGUCCUCACAAAUGGAAAGUUGCCUUUUCUCUCACAGGACAAGUUUCAUUGAAAAGGUUAAAAAAUAAAAUGCAGUCUCCACCCUUCCUAACCUUAUAAAGGGCAACACCACUCUGACCUCCUCCCCAGUGUCUGCCUGUCGUAAGGACAGACCAGUCAGGAAGCGGAGUUCUCUGCACUCUGUCUGGCUUUUGUGAAGGAUUGCUUGGCCUGUGAGCUUGUUCUUCUUUCUUUACAGGCUAAGGAACGCCUUCCCAGUUUCUGUGUUCCACUCUAACACUUUUUUUUUAUCACAACUGCCCAAUCUGCACCGGGUGCUGGAAGAGGCUUGGGUGUGUCUGUAAAUUUAAGACUAUUUCCAGAGCUGAGAUAUUCACAGAGGAAAAAGCUUUACCAUGUGCAUGCUAGUUUAAACAAGGCUGGGUUUUCUAUAAAGACUGAGAAAGUCAAGUUCUUGGUGAACACACACCGAUUGCACUCUGUUUACAAUAACAAGAAAUGGGACUGUGCACACAGGUUGUGAUUCUGUAACUUUCACCAUGUGGAUGUUCUUUUUCUGUUUUGCUGGAGGAUUUCCACCUAUGUACAGCCUAACUGCCUAUGUGUCUUCAGUGUUCAGACCUCUACAGUUUGUAUUUUAUUGCUUUUAACACACAGUAAGAUAUUUUAAGGUAUUGUUUUAGUUAAUGCACUAGUGAGAUUUGUAAGAUAUAUUCACAACAAGUGUAUGUGAAUUGUCUAAUUAGGGAUAUUAUUCCCAAAGUUACAAUCACAACUAUUUUAUAUACUGCCAACAUAUUCUGCACUGCUGUUCAAUAUAUAUUUAAAAAAAUAAUAAUUUUGACAAAACACAUUUGGCAUAUGAGAACAGGAAGUGAAGACUGCCCUGCCAAUUCAAGCUUACAAUUGGAAAAAGUUCAGGAAAAAAUGGAAACGCCUACAGUUUUACCAUAAACAUUGGUGUUUAUGUGGCAGUUCAUCUAAAUCCCUUUUUUUUUUUUUUUUUUUUUUAAUUUAUUUAUUUUUUAUUUGAGAUACAAAACUGGUAAAUGUCCUACUGUAGAACAUUAAAAAAGCAUUCAAAAUAAUACUCUGAUAACCGUAAAAAUAUCAGUGUCCCUAAAUACCUGCACUGCUACAUUAUUGCUGCCGUACUAGAUUAAAGAGAAGGUAUUCUAUAAUACCUGCAUUGCAAUAAUCAGAAUUCAUAAAGUAUUGUGCAAGUAAUUGGACUUCCUGUUAAUCUGUAAAAUGGACCAGCAAUACACAACCAAAAACAAAAGCUAAACAAGUAAGAAAAAUACUUUUAAUAAACCACAAUAAUGGAAAGUUAGUAAAUAAGAGGAUGGACUGUUUAAGUUGGCUGGCCGUAUUCUGGGGACAUGUUUCCUGUUAAAGGACCACUAUAGUGCCCUGAGGGUUCCCCCACCCUCAGGGUCCCACUCCUGCUGGGCUCUAGGGUGAGGAAGGGGUUAAACUUACCUCUUCCUCCAGCGGGGAGCUCUCCUCCUCCUCCUCUCCUCCUCUUCGGCUGCAUGCACGGCAGGAGCCGAGCGCACAUUCAGCCAGUCUCAUAGGAAAGCAUUCUCAAUGCUUUCCUAUGGACGCUGGUGUCUUCUCAUUGUGAAAAUCACAGUGAGAAGCGCGGAAGCUCUCUAGCGGCUGUCAAUUAGACAGCCACUAGAGGCUGGAUUAACCCAUUUAGAAACAUAGCAGUUUCUAUGAAAAGGGUUAAACCUAGCUGGACCUGGCACCCAGACCACUUCAUUAAGCGGAAGUGGUCUGGAUGCCUAAUAGUGGUCCCUUAAGCAACUGAGGUUUAAAAAGACUUGUACACAGAAGAUUGUCAACUAAACCGUGUAUUGCAAUUAUUCCCUUAUGCUGUUUUCAUUGAUGUACUUUUGAGUAACACUUUAAAGCUAUUUAGUAUGGGCUUAAUCGGUUAAAGGGAUAAUCUGUGCUCCAAAACCAUUACAUCUUUAAUGUAGUGGUUUAGAUGCACAGACCCUGUCCCUUUACUCUGACAAUAUAAAAUGUGUUUUAUAGUUGGCCAAGAACUUGCCUUUAGUGACUGUCAGACUAACAGUAACUGGAGGCACUUCCUUAUGAAGAUCUUUAAAAAUCUAAGGUCUUUAUUUUCUGUCAUGACAUGGAACACUGCUAAUGCUUUAAUGUUGGAUUCAGUGUUACUCUGAAAAUCAUUGGAUUAGCUGAGCAAGGUGAUUGUAGUGAGUGUGCUGUAGGUCCAGAUUGCCUCUAUUUGAGAAGCAUUUGAUCAGACCUGAUAUGAAGGCUGCUGCGAGGACGAGGUCCUGGUGCUGGGAUAAAGGUGAAUUUUACUGCAGCUUUUUUAUUUUAUUUUUUUUACUUAUUUUUUUUUUUAGUGUAUUUUAACAAGGGAGACCCAGAACAUUGAAGUAUAUUUGUAACAUUGUUGUUCAUUUUAAACAGUGACAUCUCAUUUUGUUUUUAUAUUUAUUUUAAAUUUGGUCUGUUUAAUCAGCGUAUUUAGGAUUAUAAUUAACAUUUAUACAUAUAGAGCCAACAGAUUCCACAGCACCUUAUAAUGUAUGUAUUGUAUCAUUUGAGAUUGUACUUUCUAUUCACUGUCUAACCUAUUUGUAUUGUAAAGAGGUUUCCUUCUUCUAUACUUUCAGCAAAAUGUGCAGCUUGCUCUUGUUAUAGUUGCUGUGGUGUGCAUCCCUGUUCUUCUUCUUGGAGAUCCCAUUUGUCUCUAUAUUCAACAUAAGAGGAAGAAACGCCAUAGUCUGCAAUUGAACCAGGUUUGUGGUAAUCUCCAUGACAUUUGAAUUGCUGACCAUUGCAAUUAGCUUAUGCAUGUAUAGCGGUACUUAUCUGGGUCGUGAUCCUCUGUGCAGUUCAAUCACUGCGCUUUCUGAGCGGGCCACCCGAUGGUGAGCAAUUAAGAGCGGUUUGAGCGUUUUUAUUUUUUAUUUUAUUUUUUAAAAGAUGCAAUAGGAGCAGUUGAAGUAGUUUCUGGCUCCCAUUGGUCUGCAUCAUUCAUGCACACACAUUUUGGGGGCGCAGGCAUGACUUUGACAAAUCACAAGUUACUGUUAGGGUAUUUAAACCUCCAUAGCCCUAUACCUGAUCUUGGCUCGUUACUGACUAUGCUUUCUUAUCCAACAUUAAAUUAACACAAACAUGUAUUUCUGACCCUAUAGUGUUAAAACCACCAUUUAGAUGGCUUUCCCCCCUUAAAAAUUAAUAAAAUUUACCUUAUUUUCAAACUGGCCCCACCCCAUCUGCCUCCUUGCUGACAUCAUAAUUUAUGAUUUUAAGCAAUCCAAAGCAUUGGAUUGGUUAAAAUCGGAAAGGAGGAAAAAACAGUGGUGGGGCCAAACUCCAGCAUGGCCAAUUCAGCGUCUCCAUGCAGAGCGUUAAGACUCUGAACGGCACUGCCCUAGGAAGCUUCUCUAGUAGCCAUCUAAGGAGUGGGCACUGGAGGUUUCCCUAAGGGGCAAUGUAAACACUGCCUUUUUUUCUGAAAAGGCAGUGUUUACAUAAAAAUGCCGGCAGCAAAUGAUUAUAAUCACCAGAACAACUACCUUAAGCUGUAGUUGUUCUGGUGACUAUAGUGUCCCUUUAAGUCCUGGUUAUGCUAUUUCCUGUCUCGUCCCUUGCUGUCCUGAAUCCUGCAUGUUGGCGUAUUACAUUGUGACCGCAAGAAAUCUCUCCAAUUUCUUUUGUUUUUCCUUUCUUAAGCAUGCAGAAAAUGAUGGCGACAAUGGACCUCUAUUAGUGGAAGAUCCCCCUCAAGCUGAAAGUGAAGAAUAUGAGGAACAUCAAAAAAAUAUGGCCAAAGACGCGAAGGCUCAUGGUGAAGAGGUUAGUGUCCCUUAUAAAUUGCUAAUGCUUCAAGGUUUCUUAAAUUAUCUUUCAACUUUUUUAAUUUUUUUAAAAUUUAUUUUAUCUAUAAUUUCAGUACUAAACAUCAAGGCAGGCAUUCCAGUAAAACAGAGAUGAUGUGAUGGGUGCCAAAUAUCCUUAGGUCAGAGAAUGUAUGUGAACAGCAUCAUUGAGUAUGCAUUUGCGUGAUGUAUAGUGGGUUUACAGGAGUAAGACCAUUUUGAUACAGGAUGUGCAUUUCUUACAGUAAAGGAAAAGAAAAGAAGGGAACUAUAUAAACACACAAUCUCUAGGAAUGUCUUGGAGCAUUAUUGUUAGAGAGGACACAUAGGUUCACUGUGGCUAGACCCCGAAGGUGUGGCUACUAUUUACACAGCACUCAAACAUGUGCUCUGUUGCAGUUUCAUUCUUUUCUAUACAGGCUUUCUGCACAAUAAAGCACAAGGUCUGGUUCUGUGGAAUAUGUACAGCAGGUCGUAACCUUAACAGGGGCAGUCAGGUUCUGGGUCAUCGAGCCUGGGACAUUUAAGGAGUCUAACUGCUACGUUGCAGGCCUGUGUCUCCUGUUUGUAGGUCUGUCUUUGGUAGGGAAAUGCCCCGUAGUUUGUGUACACCUAUUGUAUGUGCGUUGCGUCUUUCUGUCGGGUCCUGACUAGGUUAAUUUGGUAAGCGGUUCAGUCUAGUGCAGUGUCUACUCUGUGUGAUGUAUUUAGAGGAAGGGAGUGGCGAAGGGAAAAGAGGAGAGACAGGGAAAAAAACAGGGGGGGAGUGGCAGAUCUAGUCAGUCUUAUUCUAGGUGAGCAUCCCUUCCACACAAACCGCAUCAGGGCAGAGCCUAUGGAUUGGAAAAAGUCUCUAGGAUGUACAAUUGGUAUUGUUUGAAGUAGGUAGAGUAUUCUGGGUAAUAGAUUCAUUUUUAUGGCAUUGAUCCGACCAAACCAGGAGAUGUACAGACACAUGUCCAUCUUUUUAAGUCGUCCUGUUGUAUCCGCAGUAGGGGCGUGAAGUCGGCAUAGAGCCAGUCAAGGUCCUUGGUCAGCCAUAUGCCCAGAUAUUUUAUCUGUCGUGUGCACCACUUAAACUGGAAUUGAGUCAAGUGUUACGAUCUCCUUCUGUGGAAUCGUUGGUGGUAACGCUUUGGAUUUGUCCAAGUUCAAUUUAAGAUUUGCUAGUUUAUCAUAUGUGUCGAAGGCCUUCAAGAGAUUCGGUAGAAUCUUCCAAAUUAUUUAACUAGAGAAGUCAACAUUAACAUCUAUUGGAAUGUUUUUUGAUAAAUCAUUUGGAAAGUGUGUGUGUAUAAUGUAUGUGUACACACACACACACCACACACCACACACACCCCACCCCCCCCCUCCCCCCCACAAUGGGUGCCUCCAGUAAGAAGAGCAGGUAGUGAGUGUAUGCCGCGACAUUAUGCGUCAAUCCUGUGUAUGUCCCCGUCCAGUCUGACUGCCUCAAGAAAGGGCUCCAGAGAGAGGGCAAACAGGAGUAGGGAGAGGGGGCACCCCUGGCGAGUUCCGUUGCGAAUUGUGAACAGGUGGGAUAGUGAUCCGUAUUCGUGCGCUGGGUUCCAUAAUGAUCUUUCAACUUUUACUCUAUAAUAAAAAGAUUGCUUAAAGCAAACCAUCUUGUUGAGAUUGACAAGCCAUAUUAUGAGUGUAUUUCCGAUCACUCCACAUAACUUGAGUAGCCAUCGUGCGUUUGAAUCAGAGAAUAUAGCGUUAAUCACCUCAUCCUGUCUGAUUCUAGCAUUCAGCAUCAAAGCUGAUGCAACAGGACUCUGUAAAUGCAGUUGCUCCUACUUGUGUUCUAACUCCAUCCGGGACCUGGUAACAGGCAAGGAACGCAACUAAUAAUUCCCUGGAAAGGUUAGCUUUGCAAUGACCACUGUCAUACUUGUGUUAUGUAUCUGUUGAACUCUUGUCAUAUUUGGUGCACCAGCCAGUUUUCAGUUAUUGGCCAAGGUGAAAAUGACAUGAUUUAUGUCCAUGAUUUAGGUUCCUUACAAAUCAUUAGUGUGGUCCUAGUUUGGCAUUCUAAACCUUUGUAUAUGAAGAAUUUCCACUUGAAAGGUAAUGGAUUAAUAGCAUAAAAGAACAUAAGGAAUUUCUAAUGUUAUCUUCCUUUAAAAUAUAGACUUCAACAUGAACAAUAUUUUGUUUAACCCCUUAAGGACACAUGAUGUGUGACAUGUCAUGAUUCCCUUUUAUUCCAGAUGUUUGGUCCUUAAGGGGUUAAAGUAGUCCAAAAAUGGUAUAUAGUCCCUGCCAGUCUCUCAAAAAUGUAUUCCACUCAAGUGAAUCAAUGCUGGAGAUGUCAAAAUCCUAUAGGUUCUCACGUACAUAUCUGGUGGGACUGUCCUAUACUUUUCUUUCUUAAAGGGGAUUUAGAGCAACAGAUCAGAGAUCUUUUCGGUAUACAAUAUAGGCUGACCUCUCAUUUCCUAUUCCACAUUGAUCUCCCAUCAUCUGAUAAACACAAGAAAUAUCUCUAUAUUAAUAUUUAUGCAGCAGCAAAAAUCUGCUUAGCCAGAUAUUGGAGAAAUUCAACUAUUCCAACAUGGGCUGAAAUACAAACACAAACUUUUUAAUGUGAUGCACAAAAGCAUUUUUUUAAAAGGGAUACAAAGUCAACUCUGAUAUAUAAGAAUAAUUGGGACCCUUGGAUACAAUAUCGUAAUCAAGUUUUACCCUGUGAGCUUGAGUAGAAACCACAUAAUACAAACCCUCGCCCACCGGCCUCCGGCAGCAAUUAUUAGCUUUAAACUAAAUUAAAUUUUUUUUUAAUUUUGUUAUGUUUCGCUAUAUCCCUAGAUGUACUAAAGACUAAUUAAUAAAUAUAUAUACUUUCCAAAUGAUUUAUCAAAAAACAUUCCAAUAGAUGUUAAUGUUGACUUCUCUAGCUAAAUCAUUUGGAAAAUUCUUCUAACCGUAUUGAAUCGUUUGGAAAAUUUAUUAAAAGAAGGCCAUAAUCCUUUAAAUGAUCAGACUUUAUUUUAUUUGUUUUCUUAGAGCAUCCAACAUUCUGCUUCAAAAAAAUAAUACAAUCUAAAUACACUUUUUUUUAUUCUACAUGUGUACAGAUGAAUUAGCACUGUUCCACCAUUUGUACAUCUACAUUGUUAAGCCGUAUCUCUCUUUACAGUUUGACGCUUCAGAGGUGUUCAUGCAUCAGAUGAUUCACACCAUUGAGUACUGUUUGGGCUGCAUCUCUAAUACUGCAUCUUACCUACGGCUUUGGGCUCUAAGCCUGGCACAUGCACGUAAAUAUCAAACAAUUUUAUCUAUUUUCUUAACCUUCUCGUUAGGAGUUUAGCUUCAUGAUUUGAAUUGUAGUGCAAUGCUGAUUUCUCUCCCCCAUUGCUUAUACUAUGGCAUUUCAAUGUGAACAAAAAAUACAUAUUCUAAAAACCUGUAGGGGAAUGAGAGAGACCGAUACUACUCAAACGUCAGCUUACACACCAUUCAUUUAUUUAUUACUUGCAGGGAGUUUUCACAACUUUUUGGUGUUUUUACAAUUGUGAGAAUAUAGACCCUUGCAAUAUGUAUAAGAUCCUGUGAUCCAAAUGUCAGCGGGAUUUUCCACUAAUUGUAAUGAGUAAAAUGGUGCAAAAAGAAGCAUAGGUUACUGGCUAUUAACGUGACGGUUAACCUACAGUUUAAGACCUGUGUUUUGUGUACAUUUUCCAUAGGAUUUCAUAUACAUUCCAGUAAAACCAUUGGGCAAUACUUAAUAAAUGAUAUCCCUAUUUAGUGUGCUUCUACUUAAUGGGACACUGUAGGCAUUUUAACUGCUUUUUCAUUGAAGUGGUUAUAGUGUCUGGAAUCCCCUGGUUCUAGCUUCCGGUUUACUGCUAUACCGUUUUUUAAAUGUUGUAAUGCUAAAUAAUCGUCCCGAGCAUUCUGUACGAUCUGUGCUGCUGGGGCUAAAGAGGAAGCAGUAAUAGUAAUUGGUAGCAGUAAUUGGCUGAGCAUUUCAGCUGACUGCUUUCAGCCUAUCACAGCAUCCAUUGCUGGCAUGGAUUUCUAUGGCUAGAAGAAAGUGCAUAAAUCUGUUUUAAACAUACCUCAAGUAGGGCUGUGGGUGACACCUUUAUUUAGAGUUGAAGGGGCAUGCAUCAUCUAUAGAUAUAGUGCCAGGUUUUCUCCAGUGUCUGUAGAAAUUCAUACUUGCUAACAGAUCAGUGCAGUUGUUUGUUCGGGUAAGCCGCUCUGUAAACCAAAAUGUUUUCAUACACCUAUAAUGUCCUUAUUUAAGAUAUAAAAUGAUAUCCAAACAAUGCAUAUGCCCUACUACUUGCAACAUAUACCUACCCAUAGACCUUUCUGUACGCACUGCCUUAUUUAGCCCAAGGCAAAAUAGGCAUUUGCCUUGGGCGGCACUAUCUAGGGGGCGGCAAAAAAUGCCGCCCCUAAACGCAGCUCGGACAUCCCCCCCCAGUCAUAUAUAUUUUUUUAUUUUGGACAGGUUUAUAAAAGCAAUAGAGAAUCUGCCUCUUAUUUUUUUUUUUCAAUAUCCAUUAUUUCUCAGAGCUUUCAGAGGUCCUGUGGAAUAUGGUUAUGCGCAUUGGCUUUUCAAAUGUGAGUUACGUAUGGAGCAUUGUUAUUUUCGUUAUCUUCACAUUCUUCGCUGUCCUGACAGUUGCUAUCCUCCUCAUCAUGGAGGGACUCUCAGCCUUUUUACAUGCUCUGCGUCUGCACUGGUAAGUUCUUUGAAAAUCACAUUAGGACUGUGUGGCAAAGCAUAUAUGAUUGUGUUUUUUAUUUUUUUUUAAUUUUUUUUUCUUAAUGCAGCUUGUUUAUUUUAUUUAAACACUUUUUUUUUUUUUCUUCUUCUUCUCUGUAGGGUGGAGUUCCAAAACAAGUUUUACACUGGAACAGGAUACAAGCUCACACCUUUCCACUUUGAUUCAUUCUAUUGAUCUUUUUAAAAAUUCUUCUAUUCUAGAAGUGUGGGUUAGGGGCAAACGGUACUGUUUAUGUACACCGUUUAAAUCUGUGAUAGUCUUCACAAUGCAAAAUAAACUGCUUUUAAGACUUCAUUCUGAUACGGUGCUAUUAAAUUUGUGUAUCUUAAGGUACGCUUUGGAUAGCUAAUGGUUUUGUUUCAACGGUUACUAAAUGAUUGCAUCAACCUAAAGUCAAGUCUGUUUCUAUCCACCUUCUUCUCUAAUGUAUACAUACAAGUUUUUGUUUGUUUGAUCUCAUUUUACAAGAGACAGUACAACAUAAUAUAUUGGGAAUAUGAAAGUCGGUGAAAAUAAAAAGCAUCACUUCAAAAUAGACAAAAGAGUUUUUUGAUAAUAAAGACAAGUAAAUCAGA